AUGUAUAACGGUACUACCGACCCAAAGGCACAUCUCCAGGCGUUCCACAUCACUAUGGGAAGAGUCAGGCUUAGAGAAAGCGAGAAAGACGCUGGUGCGGAGCUUGAAUGGUUCUCCCGGUUGAAGCGAAACUCCAUCGGAAGCUUUUGCCAACUCGCAUCGGAAUUCCUCCUCAAGUAUUCUAUGUUCAUCGAUAGAGAAACUUCCGAUGUCGAUCUCUGGAGCUUGACCCAAGAAGAGGGCGAGACCCUCCGAGAGUUUAUAAGUCGUUUCAAACUGAUCAUGGCGAAGGUCAGCAGAAUCAGCGACAAAGUCGCCAUCGAUGUGCUUAGGAAGGCGCUCUGGAUGCCCUCCACAAAGACCUCAGAUUACAUAAUGAUCGAAGAGGAGAAGAAAGUCCUGUCGCAAAAACAUAAGCCGACGAAGAACUCUUCGAAAGACGCGGAUCCGAAAUCAAAGAAGAAAACCUCUCGUAACGACAAGAACGUCCAUGACGAGUGGGAAGAACUCCACGGCGCGCACAACUAUGCGAUCAAUCCGGAGCAGGGCAUGACUUCGGGAAAUACGUGGAACCGUAACCAGAGUUACGACAAAAAUGUAUACUGCGAGUUCCAUCAGACCGAAGGUCACUCCACGGCUAACUACAAAGUCGUAGGGGCAAGGCUGGCCGUGAAGCUGCUUGCUGGAGAACUCUCUGGAGUAACCAGCGUCAAGGAUCUAAUCCUCGACUCCGACCGUCCGCCAAAAACCAACAAGAAUCCUCCCGCGGAGAACUCGUCGCCAAGAAAUCAGGUGGGGGAUAAGCGCGAGAGAAGACCGGAGGAUAGGGGAAACGAUACCUCCCAAAGGAGGGUCAACAUGAUCAUGGGAGGAUCCCAAUACUGCAAGGACUCGGUCUCGGCCAUCAAGGCCUACCAACGGAAAGCCGAGUCGACUGUGAAGUAUCCUCCACGGUCGCCCCCUCGAGACGGACGGAACACCUCGAUCACAUUCACUGAAGAAGAGGAUUGCGGAAUCGAUCAGCCUCACUGCGACCCCUUGGUCGUCGAUCUCGUGAUAAGAGAUCUCGAAGUCGCAAGGAUACACAUCGACACCGGAAGUACGGUAAACUUAAUCUUCCGCGAUAUCUUGAGAAGGAUGGGCGUCGAGCUCGGAGAAGUCACCCCGGUACCAAAACCGCUCACAGGUUUCUCCGGACAAACGUCCAUAACCCUGGGAUCGAUUCACCUACCCGUCAUAGCAAAAAACGUUACCAAAAUAGUUGACUUCGCAGUGGUAUAUAGCCCGGCUAUCUACAACGCGAUCAUGGGAACUCCAUGGCUAAACGCCAUCAAGGCCGUUCCCUCGACUUAUCACUUGGGCGUCAAAUUCCCAACCAGGACUGGAAUCACCGCAAUCUGGAGUUGUCAAAAACAGUCGCGACUUUGUUUCUUAGCGGAGCAUAAGUUGAGGCAGAUCACGACGACCUCCACGGUUAAACGCAAGCGAACUCAGCCUUCCGCCGAGGAUGCCCUAACAAAGGGCACAGAGACAUCUCCCGCGGAAACAGAUACGGAGAUCGGAACCAUCCCCAACUCCGAAGACAACGUCAAAACUCAGCGGGAAGAGAAAAAUCCCGAGAACUACGAGAUGGCUUGA